CUAACUGAUGAAAUAUUUGUUAUCUGGACAUUGUGUUUUGUAAGGAAAUGCAUGUCUGGGGAAGAGGAGCUGCCUAAUGGAUCAUGGCUCUGAUGUUCGCGGGGCAUACUUUAUUUCUAGCAUUAAUGAUGUUUGAUGUCUUCGCUUUUGAAGAAUCUGUAAGCAAUUACUCUGAUUGGGCGACUUUCAUAGAAAAUGUAGAUCAAUAUGAAAAACAGCAACUUGAAGGCCUUAGUGCUGAGCAGAAGCUGAAAAAAUCAGUCCUUCAUCCAAGCUUGUAUUUCGACGCUCAAGAUGUUCAAGCACUGAGGCAGAAGGCUCACACAAGCCAUUUGCAUCUCUUUAGAGUCAUCAGAAGUGCUGUGAUGGUUAUGCUCUCCAACCCUUUAUACUACCUACCUCCCCCCAAGUACGCUGAUUUUGCUGCGAAGUGGAAUGAGAUUUAUGGUAACAAUCUGCCACCUCUAGCAUUUUAUUGUUUGCUGUGCCCUGAAGAUAAAGCUGCGUUUGAUUUUGCCAUAGAAUAUAUGGAUAGAAUGGCUGGCUACAAAAACUGGUUGGUCGAGAACGCACCUGGAGAUGAAGUGCCACUUGGUCACUCCCUAACAGGAUUUGCCACUGCUUUUGACUUCUUGUAUAAUUCACUGGAAAAUGAGAGAAGGCAAAAAUAUCUGGAGAAGAUAUGGUCUGUAAGCGAGGAAAUGUAUGAGUACUCCAAGGUUCGUUCCUGGGGAAAGCAGCUUCUCCAUAAUCACCAGGCAACCAAUAUGCUUGCUUUGCUUAUUGGGGCUUUGGUUGCAGGAGUGGACAAAGGAUCUCGGGCAAAUAUUUGGAAACACACUGUUGUUGAUGUGAUGGAGAAAACCAUGUUUCUGCUCAAUCAUAUUGUAGAUGGGUCUCUAGAUGAAGGAGUAGCUUAUGGGAGUUACACAGCCAAGUCAGUAACCCAGUAUGUUUUCCUGGCCCAGCGCCACUUUGGUAUUAACAACUUGGAGAAUAACUGGCUCAAAAUGCACUUUUGGUUUUACUAUGCCACCCUGUUACCAGGCUUUCAGAGGACUGUGGGCGUAGCGGAUUCUAAUUACAACUGGUUUUAUGGUCCUGAGAGCCAACUGGUUUUCUUGGAUAAGUUUAUAAUGAAGAAUGGAGCCGGCAACUGGCUGGCACAGCAGAUUAGAAAACACAGGCCCAAAGAUGGGCCAAUGGUGCCAUCCACUGCACAGAGGUGGAGCACAUUACAUACUGAAUUUAUAUGGUAUGCUGCUGAAAUCACUCCUCAGCCUCCUCCUGACUAUGGUACUGCUAAAAUGCAUGUGUUUCCUAACUGGGGAGUUGUUACUUACGGGGCUGGAUUGCCAAACAGUCAGACAAACACCUUUGUGUCCUUUAAGUCUGGAAAACUUGGUGGACGUGCUGUCUAUGAUAUUGUUCACUUUCAACCCUAUACCUGGAUUGAUGGGUGGAGAAGUUUCAAUCCAGGACAUGAACAUCCUGAUCAGAACUCUUUCACUUUUGCUCCCAAUGGACAGGUGUUUGUAUCUGAGGCUCUUUAUGGACCUAAACUCAGCCACCUAAACAAUGUCUUGGUCUUUGCUCCAUCUCCUACUAGCCAGUGCAACCAGCCUUGGGAAGGACAGCUUGGUGAAUGUGCCCAAUGGCUGAAGUGGAUUGGUGAUGAGGUUGGAGACUCAACUGGAGAAAUUAUAACAGCCUCCCAGGCUGGAGACAUGAUGUUUGUGAGUGGUGAGGCAGUAUCUGCUUACACAUCAGCAAUGAAACUGAAAAGCGUAUAUCGCGUUUUGCUGCUCUUAAAUUCUCAGACACUGUUAGUAGUAGACCAUAUUGAGAAGGAGGAAGACUCUCCUGUUAAUUCUGUCAGUGCCUUUUUUCAUAAUCUUGACAUUGAUUUUAAGUACAUACCCUAUAAGUUUAAGAACAAGUACAAUGGAGCUAUGAUGGAUGUGUGGGAUGCCCACUACAAGAUGUUUUGGUUUGAUCAUCGUGGGAGUAGCCCUGUUGCUAGGAUACAGGAGGCUGAACAAGCAGCUGAAUUCAAAAAGCGAUGGACCCAGUUUGUAAAUGUUACCUUUCCAAUGAAAAAUACGCUUACAAGGAUUGUUUACCUUUUCUAUGGCCCGUAUGUCAAUGUUUCUGACUGUAGACUCAUAGAUAAUGCAAAAUCUGGGUUUCAGAUUUCACUCAGUGUCAACCACACUGAAAAUACCAUCUCUGUUGUGACCGAGUAUCAGAAUUUAAAGGCAAGGUUCGAUUACUUGGGAUUUGGUGGUUUUGCCAAAGUAAUUCAUGAAAAUAAAGUGACCAAGUUUGGUGUCGGUACUGAAUCUGUGAAAAAAGAGAUAAAAAAUAAUAGGGUGGUUUUCCCAUUUGGAUUCAAAGUGAACAUAAUCGCAGGGUUAAUUUUGGGUGUCAGUUUGGUCAUAUUGGCUUUUCAGUGGCGAUUUUACAUAUCCUUUGGUAAAAUGUUGCGUUGGAUUCUGAUACUGGUUGUCACACUGUGGCUUAUUGAAUUGGUGGAUGUGUGGAGCAUGUGUACUCAGCCCAUCUGUGCAAAAUGGAGCAGUGACAUGAUAAGGCUAGAACAUGAUAAAGGCAAUAAAGCCAAACAAUUAGAAGGAAACCCCGUUGUUUUGCCAGAUGUUAUCAUUACUUCACUUCCCACUUCUGGUGCAGAAAUUUUAAAACAGCUGUUUUUCAAUAGCAGUGACUUUUUAUACAUCAGAAUACCUACACCCUAUCUUGAAAUUCCCGAGACCGAAUUUGAAAUCGAUUCCUUUGUAGAUCCAUGUGAAUGGAAGGUUUCUGAUGUUCAGAGUGGUAAUUUUCAUCUUAUCCAAGGGUGGCUCCAGUCUCUAGUUCGAGAUACAAAGUUGCAUUUACAAAACAUUCAUUUGUAUGAAGCUAGCAGAAGUAAAAUUGCUCAGCAUUCUGCAUUAAGCAAGGACAAAAAGAAAAGAUCCAGAAAGAGAGAAUCCCUGUCAGAGCAAAGAAGCAGGGCAAGAGGGAGUCAAGAAAAAGAUGCUGAAUAUAUCAGGGAACUGAGAAGACAUCUUAUCUAUUAUCCUAAUGCACGACCUGUGCUUAGUUUAAGCAGUGGGAGCUGGACAUUAAAGCUUCCCUUCUUUCAGGAAAUCCUAGGACCAUCAAUGAAAGCUUUAUAUAUAGUGAGGGACCCACGGGCAUGGGUCUAUUCAAUGUUGUACAAAAAUAAGCCAAGCCUUUACUCCUUGAAAAAUGUUCCACAACACUUGGCUGCGAUGUUUAAAGGAGAGAAUGGUAAGGAAAAAUGUGGUUUAAAUGAAGGCUAUGCCUCCGAAUAUGAAUCACUGAGAAAAGAAUUUUCAAAUUCUAAUUCAAAUCCUAUUUCUGUGUUGUCCUAUUUAUGGCUAGCAAACACAGCAGCAGCAAUGAGAAUAAAUGGGGACUUACUCCCAACAAAUUAUCAGCUGAUCAAGUUUGAAGAUAUUGUGAACUUUCCUCAGAAGACAGCUGAAACAAUUUUUGCCUUUCUUGGUAUUCCUCUUCCUCCUGCUAGCUUAAACCAAAUAUUAUUUGCCACCUCCACCAGUCUUUUCUAUCUUCCUUAUGAAGGGGAAAUUUCACCAAGUAGCAUUCAUGCCUGGAAAAAAAACAUGCCACGUGAAGAGAUUAGACAAAUUGAGGAUAUCUGUUAUUCACUGAUGGACCACUUAGGAUACCCAAAGUUUAUAGAAUAAAUGCUGCUGGUCAGCAGAAAUUUGCACUAAUGAUCUCUGACUCCCAAUUUGUGGAUAAAUACUAUAGAAGUUUGUUUAUUCUUGUAAAAUGUGUACAGUCUGCUACUUUCAGAGAGAUUAUUUUAAGAAAAAAGUAACUGUUUUUGAAAUUGUGGAGGAUUUUUUGUUUUGUUUUGAUUUGUUUUUCUUUAAAAAGAAAUUGUAACUACUUUUGCUGCCUUUCAAAAAAAGCUGUGUGAACCUUUGCAGAACUACCAUCUGGGGCCUCUAUAGCUCAGGGGAUUAGUAAGAGAACAGAGAGCUUUUCACCUCCAGCUCAACAGUCUGAUUCCAGCCCAAGUGGUUAGUUCCUGGAAGUACUUAUCAUUUGAUGAUUGUAUGAUGGCUUAUAUGAAAUUAUAAUUGUUAAACUGGUCUUGUUCCCAGUGGUGAUAAUUGGCCCCCUUGGACGGGUUUACUGAUGCAUUCUGACUGUGUCUCACUGGUCACUAUAGUGGUGCAAAAUAAACAUAAGCUAAGAUUUAAGGUUGUUCAGCAUCCCUUCGGCAGGAGGAAACAGAACAUUUGAGUAAAUCUAGUUCCUUAUUUACAGACUGAGCAGAGAGGCCUGGGAUUGAAAUUGAUGUGGAUAUAAAAUCUCAUUGUAGGAUAUGGUUCCUUCAGCUCAGGGAUGUGGUACUUAAACUGGGGUUUGAAGUUUGAUGAAAGAGAAAACUUAAUUCUCUCUGCCUGAUAAUGAGGUACCCUUUGUGUGCUUGAAGUAAACUGUCUGGAGAAAAAGAAAUGGGACAAAAUCUAAGAAACUAGCGAGAGUCCCCAAAUGAGCAGUUAAAUUUGGAGAAGAUUUUGUGUAGUUUUGACCUGCCUCAAUAUAACCUAAUUUUGAAGGUUAUUAACAUAUUGGCUUCUUGCACUGCUUUUUCCUGUACCUCUUGUCUGAGGGGUUCUGCACAGAUUUUCUCUUUUUGAGUGAGACUCUUCCAUCCUUCUUUGUUGUAACACGUUUCUCUGGUGAUUUUUGUGCAUAAUUUCCCUGGGACCAGUGCAAAUAUUUGAUGUCAUUGUCCAUGGCUUAUUGCUGAUGUUUGCAUAAAAUGGCUGUCUGAGAUUUAGAAGACCUCAGAUAAACCUGUAGGUCUGUGUUGCUGAGGGAUGUUUUGCUUGUCUGUAUAAUGAAUUUCUGAAAGACAGCCAUUGCUAACCUCAGGUCUUCUUUCAGCAAGGGGAGAGAUCUGAAAAUCACCUGUCCCUAAGCCACCUCACAUUUGAGUGGUGUUUCCCUGCAGUAAACUAUUUCCAAAGUUGUCUGAUUUUUAUAAUGAUUGGUGUUUCUUUAACAUGAUGCUGUAGUAUGAUUUUGGUUUGGAAACAGAUAGGCCUGAUAGAAUAGACAUGUAUUUGUCACAGCUUAUUUUCUUCUUGAGUCACACUCUUUGUUUCGCAUGUCCAUUAAGAAAAAAAUUUCCCAUUUCCCAAUUUAACUUGCUCAGUAUUCCCUGGAAAUGCAUGCAUAUUGUAAAUGUCUGCAGAUGUGUAAAUCAGAUCACAAAGAGACAUCUAUUUCCUUUACCGUCUGUUUUUCAUUACAAAUGGAAUUGUCUUGAAAUAUGUUUCGGUUUGUGGGAGCUGGAAUCAGAGCUUUGGCUUAUUGUAUUGAAAUAUGCGUGUAAGUGCUGUUUAUUUGGGCGGUAAACAUUAGGCAAUGUCAAAAGUGCAGUGAAUGUCUUCGUACAGAUUACAGGUACCCUUGCUAAUUUUUAGUGUAUAGAAGUUCUUGUCUUUUCUUCUAAUCUUAGUAUUAUGUCCCUGUCUUACUCCACUGUUUUGUCCGUCCCAUAUGUACAUUUCACAUCCUUUGGAGCACAUUGGGAUAUUUCAUUACAACCUAGAUAAAAAUAGCUCUUUCUCAGGCAGUCAUUAAUAUGCGAAAAGAAUCUCUACCAUGAUAAAGCUAUUGAUAAUUUGUGGUCUCACAAUAACUUGCCUGUCCUUUACGAGAGGUAGUUGUAUUUUCCCCUUCAGACCUAUGUUUCACCCUUUUCUAUGUGGAGCGCCAUGUUAAAAGAAAUAUUAAACAGGUAAAUAUACAUUGAUAUUUUAGUGAAACAAGUAUCAUUCUCUCAAACUGACUUCUCUCUGAAGCCAUUUUUGAUUGUAUGUUAAAAAAAAACGUACUGAUGUCUGUUCAGUUUGUACUUGAUGGAAUAAAUUUCAGCAUUCGCCUUCUAUUUCCACAAUUUACACCCUAGAACCAGAACAAUAAAAAGGCUUUGCUCUCUCAGAUGUUUUAGGGCAACUGAAGGUAAGAUUUUGUGGGUAUACAGAGUUAUUCCUCUUGUCACUAGAAUCCAGAGGAAGAAUGAUCACCACAUAGACACAGACAUUAACCUCUCCUUUCUCGAUGUGGUAGUGUUUAAGACUGUCAGUAAACUUUGAGAAUUUUUUGACCUUUUUGAAAAGCAUGCCUAUUUAGGUACAUUGUAUUGAAAAGUGUUCUGCUUAUGAAAACUGGUCUCAAUACUUUAUCUUAACUUUGCUUCCUUUUUCCGCUUCUGUUAAAUGUUGAUACUUAUUUGUACUAUAUUGUGGUUUGAAUUGUCCAAUUAUGACACAGCUAAGAUUUUGAUGUAUUUUUUUAAAAAGGCAGGCUUAAUUUAAAUGCUUAUCCCUGAAUCAUAUUUGGAAGCAUAAGAAAAAUAAACACCAAGGAAAAUAUGUCAGUUAUUUACUUACUUUGUAACUAAGUGACAUUGGCCCUGGGGAGAUGCACAUAGGUCUUGGCAUUCAGAGUUCUAUCAAAUAGCUUAAAUCUAUAGUCUCUGAGCACAUCUAAAUGUCUCUAUUGCUCCCAAUAGGCUUUUUGCUAGAGCAACAUCUGUGUAGAUGAGCCUCAGUAUCAUGGUCAGAUUUGUCCCUUUCACCCUCUUAACACACAGUUGGCAUGCAGUCCUCAUCAAAUUUAUGUUUGAACAGUUAAUUUGCCAGAUCUGUAGUUUAAUUUCUGUACAAGAUCCUCAAUUAUGUAAAAUAUAUAGCACAACUCAUUUGAAAGUGUAAUACCAUUCUGAUAGUGUGAAAAUGGAAUUUAAACAAAAAUUUCUUUUCCAGUUCUAUAAAGUUUUUGUUAACUAAUUUAUAAAGCUGCAGUCAUGGGUCAGAAUUUUUUUUAUUUGUUUCACUUACUGUUGAAAAAAUGGUAUGACUACUAGCAGACUUCUGUCCAUCCUACAGUCAAUUAUUUCCAUUAUUAGAGACAAUAUUUGUUUGAUGAACAUAAACAUACAUUAACUGGAAUAUAAUACUGCAUUUCCUGAAAACAUUUGAAGUGUAUAGUUCAAGAUUGAGGAUGAAAACAUGUGAUCUCAAUAUUUCUAUAAGUUAAAAAAGUUACCCCUUUUGCAAGUGGCCCAUAUGCUGGGUUCCAUAUGUUGUAACAUUUUGUAAUUUGAAACUGUGAUAUUUCUUUAGGUGACCUAGUAAUUUAUCAAAAUUAUUUCUUUUUAUUUACACAAGUUUUCUUCAAGAGGAUAAGUACUGGAUCUUAACAGUUCUGUGAUCAGAGUGAUCAGAGCAACAUAAGCUUUCAUUCCUUUCUCUAGACUCCCCUUUAGCUUUGGUUCAGACUGAAACCUUUGUUUAAAUUGCAUAAUGGAUGGGCUGUCUUCCAAGUGAAGAGUCUGUCUGGAGACACAGUCUCAAAUUCCAUAUUUCCAUAUUGUGGAAUAUUAUUGAUUCUGAGUUAUGAGUCAAAACUGUAAAUUGAGAACUGCUCAGAUUUGGAACAUAAAUAGAAUGAUACCAUGCUGAUAUCAAUUAAAGUUGGGCUAUCGAUUUCAACAGGAACAAAAUACUAUCAUCUACUAUCAUCAAACUAUUAUCAACUAGUUGGCUUGAGUAUUCCAAAACAGAAGAAAUUAAAGGAAGUAAAUACCUCAAAUGAUCAUGAAAGAUUACCGUUCUUGUUAUUUGAUGACAAAAGGAAGUGUAUUUUAAUAAUGUAAAAAAAUAAAAUUACUGUAUACUCUAAUCAAAACUACCUGUAGGCUGUCUGAUAAAUUUAUACGCUCACAAAAGGAGGUGUAGAAACAAACAGAUAAUCAAAAAAAUCUACAAAGUACAUUUUUCAAAUGUCAGGACUUUGAUUUUCUUCAGUGAGAAGAAAUUUGCUGAUAUGUGAUCAACACUGUUCUCAUAAAGGAUGUGGAUGGGUAAUCUCAUGCUGUCUCAGAAAAUACUUAAUAAUGGGAAAGUGCUAUUUCAUGUUGCCGAAAUGAUACUGUUUUAAAUUAAACUAUACAUCUUUUGAGCUGACAAUAUGCUGAGAGUUAUAUGUGAUGGAGGAAAACAAGGACAGUCUGAUUUCAUUCACAGUUGUCUAUAACAGAAUAAUUUCUGAAAGGCUCUAAAUUUAUGCCGGUAUAAAUUCAACACUUUGUUUACUGCCUUUCUGAGAAAGAUAUUGUGGAGUUUAUGAACAUGACCUGAAAUAAUCUAUUUCACAUUAGGUAAUUUAACUUUCAUACCUAAAUGAGGAGUUUUGUCACCCUAGAAUCAAUGGAAAGCGAAUGCUGCCUUCAAAGGUAAAUCAGAUAUUGCUUCCCUCUUUUUAAAUACUCAAAAGCCAAGAGUGAUGGCACUCUUACUUUAGAUGCCCACUGACAGACUUCAAAUGAGGUAGGGUGAAUCUAGAUUUAUAUGUGUGUGGUCUUAGAUGUAAGUAGAUUUCUGUGUCCGAGCAGUUCCAGUGCAUACACUGUCCAAACAAAAUUUUGUGAAACAUCCUGCAUAAAAUAAAGCUAUUGUUAGUAAAAUAA